AUGACUCUGGAUGGUCAGCGGAGGAGGGGCUUGACUGUGGCCAUCUGGCAGGGACUUGAUGUGUCGGGCAGAUUCGCGAUGAAUUUAGGAGUGGCCCUGUCCAGAGGUCAUGGCAAAUAUGUCUUCAGAGGAAAUAUCUCUGUUGAAGAAGGACUACAUGAUUUGGAGCAUCCAGAUGUUUUAUUAGCGAAUGAAUGGACAUACUGCAACACAGAGGAACAUCCAGAACACAGUUUCUUGUCUCAGAUUGAUGCCAUCAAACUGUAUUUCAAUGGGACACAUUUAAAAUGUGAUAAUGAUCUGAUUCAGGAAGUUCUAUUUGAUGCUGUUGUCACAGCACCACUAGAAGCAUACUGGACCAGUCUUGCUCUCAAUAAAUCUGAGAACUCUGAUAAAGGGGUGGAGAUAGCUUACCUUGGCACUCGAACCGGACUAUCACGCGUCAACCUUUUUGUGAUGCCAGACCAACUGACCAAUCAAGACUUCUUGACUGGAGAGAAUAAGGAGGUGGUGUUCAGUGCUGAUCAUUUUCCUCUGUGGUACAAACGGGCUGCUGAACAGGUGCCUGGAACCUUCAUCUACUCCCUUCCUUUCAGCGCAGGCUCUGAGAAUAAAACUGUGGUUUUGGCCAGCAGCGCUAUUCAUCUAUUGGAUGAGAGAGAGUCGCCCAUCGCUGCAGCUGUGGGUAUUCAGAUGAAACUAGAGUUCUUUCAGAGGAAGUUCUGGACUGCCAGCAGACAGUGUGCAGCACUUGAUGGGAAGUGUUCCAUCAGCUGUGACAAUGAUGAAAUCAGCUGUUACCUCAUUGACAACAACGGAUUCAUUAUUGUGGCUGAGGAUCUGUCUUUGACUGGUGUGUUUUUUGGAGAGGCUGAGGGAGCUGUGAUGAGCAAACUUGUUUCAAUGGGUUCUUUUAAGAGGGUGAAUCUGUACGACUAUCAAGCCAUCUGUAGGGUGUAUGCACAGACCAGUGAUACAGCACACACACUCUUACACCCCUACUUUGCUUUAUUCGCAGCUGUCCGGUGGCUUCUGACUGAGUUUGUCAUAUUUCUGCUUGAGUUCAACCUGUACAGUUGGUGGCACUCUGACCUCACCAUUAAGGCUCACAGAGGCGGCAGAACUAUGUUGGUUCCUUGUGAUAAAGAGUAUCCAGCCUUCGUUUCUGAGCGCACCAUUAAAGAAACCGUCGGGAAUAUUGACUGUGAAAGCUGUGUAAAAUCAUUUGUCAUUCAGCAGAUUCCCAGCAGUAACCUUUUCAUGGUGGUCAUUGACAAUGCAUGCGACUGCAGUGACUUCGGGCCUGUCACCAUGGACCCUGUCGAAAUUAUGUAUAACGAGUCUCUGAAAUGUGAACGGCUGAAGUUUCAGAAGGACAGAAGGCGACCAGACACGUGCCACCCCUUCCAUCAUGAGGAAAACUCAAUGGAGUGCGGUGGUUCUGAGGGCUUGACUCCAUCGCUAACAUCUACAGUUCUUAUAGUCCUGAUUGUCGCCAUCUUUCCCAGGUGAUGAAAACAGACUUUGACCA